CGAAAUGAAUUUAUCCAUCCGGCGAAUUGCUUGGAGAUUCCCGUCCAGCGUCAACGUCGCUGGCUACUACCAUGUCGUUUCGGUAUCACCGUGCAAUCCCUGUCAUAUCCCUCUUUCACAACAGUUCACCUCAAUCUGCACAAUGUUUAAAAUUACUACGUUCAGCCCUAUCAGGGCCGUACCCUCCACCAGAUCCAAAAAUGCCAACGAUCAAACCCGGGAACCCGCUUAACUUCACAUUAAACGAAGUCAAAGACCAACCGCCCACGCCGGACCAGAUCAGAAUAAUCCUUUCAUACCUCAAAGCACCUCUAGCUACUCUGGUGUCGUCGCAUCCAUCCGUCACGUUUCGACCAGAUUCUGCAGAAUCUCUCUACAAUGAAUCCCUGCAAAAUCCGAAAGUGUUCCGCUACCCGGUCGCAUGCAACUGGGACGAUGGAAAGGUGGCUCUGGAGAGUAGUGGGAUAAAGCGCAUGUUGGACAAUUUGGCCAAAUAGUGCAGUGGUGGCUCAUGAGAAUCCUGGAAGGAAAAAUCCCCUGCACUGAGCGCAAGCGCAGACUUUGUCCGUGCAUCGAUCGCAAAGCCGUCCGUUCAUGGACGAUGGUUCACUAUGUCUAAUGUUGGCAGAGAUGUACGUUACAUGUUGCAUCCCAGUUCAACCACCUGGUCAUUUCGUUCUGUUCCGCUCGAGAGAGCGGAUUCGACGAAGGGCGUGAACCCCUGUCUCGUGUUGAGACAAUGGGUACUGGGGGAUGUUAUGGAGGCGUGCCAGGAAGAGAACUUUGAAGCAGAGCAGUGCAGUGAUGUGCUUCAAUAUCUUUAUUUCGAGACUUCCUGGUUGUUUACGUUUAUAUAGACGAACUGUGCAAAUUUCCGC